AUGGACUGGAACAGCACAGAUAAGGACGCAGCGAAGGUCGCCCUUGCAAUAAUUAAGCUCCCUGCUGUGGUGCCGGUAACAGACCCCAGAUAUGGUGGAACUAUUCUGGUCAAUCCAGGAGGGCCUGGUGCAUCAGGUGUCAACAUGAUCCUGGGACAAGGGAGGCGCCUCCAGAAAAUCGUGGACUCCCAAGCUAUGCCUAUAUCUGUUCAACAAAAUUUCAAGGGACCCCAGACAGUGGACGACAAAUACUAUGACAUUGUAGGAUUUGAUCCCCGCGGGAUUAACAAUACUACUCCGCGAUACCAGUGCUUCACAGAUCCGCAUUCUCGUCAGCGCUGGUCUUUAGCCAAUGAGUUCCUCGAUCUGCUCGGCAGCUCGACAGUAGCGACAGAGCAAGCCUGGGGAAGGGCCAUGGCAUUAAGCGCCACGUGUACGCGCAAAGAUGGCCCGGAGAUAGGACAAUUCAUGAAUACUACACCAACGGCGGCAGAUAUUCUUGAGAUUAUUGAGCGACUAGGGGAAUGGCGAGAGAACGCUGCAGAAGCCAUUAUCGCCAGCAAGCCGACCGUUCCAGAAAUUCAGAGGCAGAGGAUCCGUGAUGCAACCCGAUGGAGAAAAGGCGCAGAGCUUCUUCAAUACUGGGGCUUUUCUUACGGUACUGUCUUGGGGGCGACAUUUGCAGCUAUGUACCCUCACCGCGUUAAGCGUGUUGUCCUCGACGGUGUAUGCGAUUCGCAGUCCAUGUACUCUGGCUACUGGACUGCGAAUGUUUUGGACACCGAUAAAAUCAUCGACAUGUUCUUUGAAAUCUGCCAUCAGGCUGGGCCCGAGAAAUGCUCAUUUGCAAUUGGCAAUAACGUCGAAGGAAUGAGGGAUACUCUGGACAAGACCCUAACAUCGCUCAACGAAACUCCUUUGGCUGUACCGGGUUCUGAUACAAGGGGGCCUGAUAUUAUCACAUACAGCGAUCUCAUGCGAUUCAUCAAAGAUUCAGUAUAUGAGCCCCUAACAAAAUUCCCACUACUAGCGGAUGUUCUUGCGGAUGUCUCGCAUGGAAAUGGGAGCAUCCUUGCAGAUCUGAAAAGUGAGCACAAAGUGCCAAUCUGCUCAGGUGAUAACACCCAAAAUGGCUUGAAGGCCUGCCCUGCUUAUGAAGAGACCUUUUUGGAAACUUUGGCGUCUAUUGGCUGCACAGAUGGGGAGGACCGUUCCGGCCUAACGAAACAGGAUUUCUUCGAUUAUUACAAAGUUUUAAAGGGCCAGAGUAGAUGGAUGGCCGACAUCUGGGCUUCGUUCACUAUGCCUUGUUGGGGAUGGAAAACCAGACCAAAAUGGAGAUAUGAGGGACCCAUUUCUGGGAGUCCGGCACACCCCAUUCUGUGGAUUGGAAACACCAUGGAUCCAGCCACACCACUUAGGAACGCGUACAAAAUGGCGGAAAGAUUCUCAGGCUCUGCUGUCCUUGAGCAAGAAUCUGCAGGGCAUUGCACCUAUUCCGCCGAUUCGAAAUGCACAGCCGAAAACAUCCGCCGAUACUUCCACACUGGCAUAUUGCCCGGUGAAGGAACCCGGUGUGAUGCAGACAAGAUGCCCUUUGGUGUUUGA